AUGUUUGGGGUGCUUUCAUGGUCACCAGCAACUCAUGCAACUCUACCCACCUCUUUCUCUUCCAUCUAUGGACGGUAUCGGAUGGCCUCAUCCCUUCCUCUUCACCCUCCUGCGAGCAAGAUCUUCGUCAGAAAUCUGUCUUACUGCACCAGUGAAGCCACCCUCGUCAAAACGUUCUCUAAAUUUGGUCAAAUAGUUGAAGUUAAACUCGCUAGACAUGAAGAUACAAAAAGGUCAAAAGGUUAUGCAUUCAUACAAUAUUGUUAUCAAGAUGAUGCAGUGCUAGCUAUAGAACAGAUGGAUCAACAGAUACUUGAUGGUCGGGUUAUUUAUGCUGAAAUAGCGAAGCCUCUGCACGGUGGAUUCAGUGCGUACCCUAAACCGUCUGGUCCUCCUCCAAAACAAGCCUCAGAAGCGAAUGGAACUAAUGUUUGAUGCUUGAUAGUUUUCGCCUUUGCUGAAGCUUCUCAUAUGCCUCCUUAUAUAUAUAUAUAAAUUUAUGUUGCAUGACUUCAAUUCAUGUGCAUUGUGCAAAAUGAGAAUCUUGUAGCUGCUUUUUUAUUUUUAUUUUUUUAUUAAAUGCUGCAUCUGAUUUGGUUUA